UUUUAUCACUAUUUCUAUCACUUCUAAGACUAAAAGAAAAUGUUUCGUUCUACCUACGUUUCCGGUCUCGGCCGAACCUUAGUCGCCACCCAGGACCUACCAAGGGGGGCGACUUUGUUCGAGCGGGAACCGCCGCUUGUGACCUACCGAAGAGGACCGCAAAAAGAUGCAUGUGCGCAAUUGUUUGAGAAUGCGUGGAUUUCAUUCUGCUCGAACCAUGUGGACGCCGAGACGAAGAAAUUCUUGCUGGACUUCUUUCAUGCUGGUGGUGUGCCUAGUUCUAGCACAGCUACAAGCUCCACAGCUACAAGCCCGUCAACAGCAUCCUCAUCAUCUAAUGAAGCCUCUCUUUCUCCUUCUACGCCACUAGCACCGUGCACACCGAGUGCCGUAUUCACGCCACCACCGAUGACAGACCGACUAAUCGAC